UUCAGUUGGCAUCGCGAUGUUGUUCUCGACACUCAUUGGUAACUGUGCUCUCUCGUAAAGUAUACUGACUCAGUGUGAUUAUUUUCCGAAAAAUAAUGCGACGAGUUUUUUGAAGAUUUUUCCCGGACUAAGUGACGAUAUUAUGAGCUCGUAUCAGUUCGUGAACUCCCUGGCCCAGUGCUAUGGACAACAGGGUCGUGCAGGAGAUCACGCACAUCAAGCAGCCUCUCCUGGAGCUGAUUAUUACAACCCCAACGCAGCAGCAGCGGCUAGCUAUCCUCCAACAUGUUACUCGCCUCCCCAAGUAGGUCCUCAAGGAUACACACCUCACCCGUAUGCAACACCAGCCCCAGGACACGGACUUCAACCCAUGGGUGACUAUACUCAGCUCCAACCUCAGAGAAUACCUGGAGCUACCGCCAUGCAUCAUGCGAGUCCAGGAGGACAGAGUCCUGGAAUGCUCAGCGCUGCGGCUAGUUGUAAAUACGCUGACUCGACAUCAUCUACUGGAGUGGCGAGUCCUCAGGAUCUGAGCACUAACGCGCCUCCGGCGAGGAGUACUCCGCCUCUGGCAGGUGCUCAAGCGAGUAACAACUCGAACGCGACGAUAACUUCGAAGAGUUCGGGGUUGACGUCGCCGUUGUCAGUGAGUACUUCGCCUCAGGGGAAGGCAGGGGCUGCUUCGUCAACGGCGUCUCAGAAUUUGUCCUCGCCGGCUUCGAGUACGAGUUCGACUUCGAGUAAUGAACAGAAGGCAAGCACGAACAACAAUAACUCGAAAGGUGGGAGUUCGUCGAGUAAUCCUCCGCAGAUUUAUCCCUGGAUGAAGCGAGUACAUCUUGGACAAAGUACAGUGAACGCCAACGGCGAAACCAAACGCCAAAGGACGUCCUACACCCGGUACCAAACACUAGAGCUGGAAAAGGAGUUCCACUUCAACCGGUACCUGACGCGGCGACGGCGGAUAGAGAUCGCGCACGCGCUCUGCCUCACCGAGCGACAGAUCAAGAUCUGGUUCCAGAACCGGCGGAUGAAGUGGAAAAAGGAGCACAAGAUGGCCAAUUUCCACCUGGCCUCGCUCCAAGACGAAGGCUACGCAUUCCACCAGGCGAUGGGGAUGGGCGGCAUGGGUCCCAUGCAGCGCGGCCUGUACGCCUGCGGCACCCCCUACAGCUAGCCCUGGGCCGCCUACAACGGAGACUGCGGCCCCUCGUAAGGGGGCACGCUGGGGGGCGCUCGGAUCCCGGAUAGUCUCCGCCGCCACAGGUUUCGCGGUCUCGUCGUUCGUGAUGUUUUUAUGCGUUUUGGAGUACAGUCGGUUUUUUGGUAUUUUAAAGUGAAACCAAGUCUAAUUGCACUGAAAAUCUAUUAGAUAUACUUAAUUUUUGAUAAAUAUAUUACACACAACAAAGUUUACAAAUUGUGUCAAAAAAUAUGUUUUUUAUACAAGACGAUAAAACGGUAUUUUAUCGUCAUGUUUUAAAAAAUAUUCAAAAAUUA